UUCUUAGAUGCUGAGAUGAAUCGUCACCUGUAUGUUUGGCUUUUUAGACAUCCAUAUGUUAAUGGUUUCCCCCAGUGUCACAUCCAUCUCUAUUCUCAUCAAUUUAGACAGAAACGUCUGGACACAAAGCUGUGGGUUUUUAGACAAAACAGAAGUCAUAUUCUCCAUCAUCUGUUAAAGAAAAAUUGGUCGAGGAGAUACUGUCAUAGAGACACCUGAAUACUUUCGUAACACAAAGCACUAUAGAAAUAUAUGGAGGACCUGAAUAAGGAGUACCAAACACUUGAUGAGUGUUUGCAGCGGAUCUCUGUGAAUGAUGGAGGCCGAAAGUCCUUGACCCGAAGACAUGCUGAGUUGGCACCGCUUGCAGCCAUAUACCAAGAAAUACUGGAAGUGCAACAAACAAUUGAAGAAUUAGAAUCAAUGUGUAAAAGUCUAAAUAUACAAGAUGAAAAGCAGUUACAAGCGCUUGCACUGGAAGAAAGGCAAACCAUUGAUGAAAAAAUCAACAUGUUAUACUCUGAGCUUUUCCAGAAUCUAGUACCAAAGGAGAAAUAUGACAAAAAUGAUGUUAUUUUAGAGGUGAUAUCUGGAAGAACUACUGGAGGUGAUAUCUGCCAACAGUUUACCCGAGAAAUAUUUGACAUGUACCAAAACUAUUCAUGUUAUAAACACUGGAAAUUUGAACUUCUGAAUUAUACACCAGCAGAAUAUGGUGGACUACAUCAUGCCGCCACUCGAAUUUCUGGUGACAGUGUCUAUAAGCAUUUGAAGUAUGAAGGUGGGAUUCACCGAGUUCAGCGAAUCCCUGAGGUGGGCCUGUCAUCAAAGAUGCAGCAUAUUCACACAGGGACGAUGUCUGUCAUCAUCCUUCCUCAAUCGGAUGAGGUAGAUGUGAAAGUGGAUCCCAAAGAUUUGCGAAUAUAUACAUUUCGAGCCAAAGGAGCAGAAGGGCAGCAUGUUAAUACAACAGACAGUGCUGUCAGACUUGUGCAUAUCCCCACAGGACUAGUAGUAGAAUGCCAACAAGAACGCUCACAGAUAAAAAAUAAGGAAAUAGCUUUGCGUGUGUUGAGAGCUAGACUCUAUCAGCAGAUUAUUGAGAAAGACAAGUGUCAACAACAAAGUGCUAGAAAACUGCAGGUGGGACCCAGAGCCCAGUCAGGGAGAAUUCGGACAUAUAAUUUCACCCAGCAUAGAGUCACUGAACACAGGAUAUCAUAUGAAGUUCGUGACAUUAAGGAAUUUUUAUGUGGUGAGAAGUGCCUGGAUCAGCUAAUUCAGAGACUCCUUCAAUCAGCAAAUGAAGAAGCCAUCGUUGAAAUUCUAGAUGAAAACCUCAAAUCAGCUAAAUAA